AUGGCACUGGGUGUACCAGCGGGUAGCAGCACCCCUGCGGAUCAUCCGUAUCCUCAUGCAGCGAUACCGGCUACUUAUUCAGUGCCCGUAUGGUUGAAUCAAGCGGCAGAUACAUUGGCAGAGAAUAGUCAGGAUGACAUUCUAAUUCCGGCGGAUGCACAAGAUGAUGAUUUUGAGGAUGAGGAUGACGAUCAGGGUGGUUCGGAUGAGGCUUCUAAAUGGAUGAAGAAGUUACAUAAGGCAGUGUUCGGUUCAUCAACAGUAUUGUUAAUGAACUUAGUGGUUGGUAUUGUGAUAUUGGUGUGUUGUAUUUUGAAUGAUGUACCAUGGCGUUUAGGUGGUGUGUUAUUUUCAAUAUUCUUCGGACUAAGUUUCUCUACAUUACUGCUGCGAUUCGUUUGGAUUAAGCUGGUAUUGGAACCUUUCUUGCCAGAGCAACGUCAGUUGAACUUGAUUACUUGGUUCCUGGAUCCUGAAUAUGGUACUUUGUUAUGGACAGUGGUAGCAUUCUUGCUAUUUAAUAAUGGUCUUGAUAAGGACUUCGGCGAGAAUGGUAUAGACGUAGAAGGUUAUCAUCUGUCUUUCGCUAAAGACUACGGAAUCAUCUACCCAUCGGAAUAUCAGACCGUGCGCUACACACUUAUCUUCCUGAUCCUAUGGGCCGCUCGAGAUUCUAUUGUUAAACUAAUCAUGUUCCGUCUAAUGCUUGGGUUCCUAAUGAAUUUCAAUAAUGAGGUAAUCCAGUUCUUACAUCGGUACUCAUUAAUCCGACGACUCAACGCAGCCUGGGUUAAACUUGUUCCUUCAUCCGAUACGACCUUGGAGAUGCUCGAUACUCAAUACCGGGGCUCUGGUGCUGGGGCAAUACUGCCAACAACAGACGGUUCGUUAGAUAAUCACCGUCACACCAACCGUCCUAACGCCAACCGUCCUAACGCCAGCCGCGGUCACGGUAGCAAUCAGGCCACGCCACCUGCUGUCACCGCCGGACGGCAGCCGUUGAUGACUUUAGCUUCACUCAACGAAGAAAACAUCUCUCGAAAAGAACGCGCCAAACGGCAAAGAGAAUACAGUAAACAGCGACUUAGAGCUCUCGCCACCAUUAAUCGGUCCCAGAGCAAAACGCAACCAGGGCCGCCAUCGCGGCUUGGUUCACGUCUCAAUUCCAAGGCCUUUGAUACAGGGAGUUAUCAAUCUAGCACAGGAUCCGGUAGUUUCCGAGAAGAGGGCAGCUUUGCCGAAAACAACCACCAUCAUCGCGGCUCAAUCAAUCAAGAUGACAUAUUGCCACCUGAACAUGAAAGGUCGAAGUGGAACUUUGACUUCACCGCAGGCCAAAAGAAACGUCGCGAACGCGAAUAUCAUGUAGAGUAUACAGGUCGAGCUCUGCCCAAAAAUCUGGAAGUGAAGAACAUACUUGCUACUCAACGCUCUCGUCUGGCCAAUCUUGCCACCAUCAACUGGCUACGAGACCAAGCCGUGGUAUUCUUCGUAGAUGGACAACGCUGUGAAUUACGUUCCAAAGCUGAAGCUCGUUACUACGGCCAACAGCUCUUCGAAACGCUCCUCAAUUUCCGUCAAACACUACUAGAUGUCGAAGAGGAAGAAAAAGCCCUUCUCGCUGAACAGCCACACCUACAUCCCGCAGCCGUACCCCAGCAAGCAAUCCAAAAUGUAACCAUGGAACAAAACCGACGAGCCAGUCUCUCUUCCGGUCGCGCAUCUGUUCGCAAACUCGAGUCCGUUACAGAAGAGGAACCCGUCGCUGUUGACCCACCGCGCACUGGUCCCGCAAAAUUGGUCGCCCAGGUCGACGACCUGAUCGUGCGUGAGGAAACGCUCCCUGUACAAGACCUACAUGAACCAGACGUGGACCGUUUCGCUCUCCAAGAUAUGGCGCUCCAAGAUAUGUCGUUACAAGACAGAGACCGCCUGGGGGGGCGGGACCAUCGGGGACUGGGAUUAGAGCGACCGUCGCUGCAGGAAAGCGACCAGUUUGCGGACCAUCAGUUUACGGAUCAGUUUACGGAUCAGUUUACGGAUCAGUUUACGGAUCUCCCGGUUGCCAACAAGCCCCAACGUCUUAUCCCGCGUCAGCAGGACAAGACUGGCGACCGACGACGCCGUUCCGGUGACCGUCGUCGUCAGUCCGUAGAACAGAGACGCGGGUCUCGAGGGUCACAACAGGCGGAGGAUGCCGGCACCGAGGAGCAUCUGAGUCCGGACUCGAGUCCAGGUUCCAACGCUACGGGGCCGAGGCGUCGCCGACGACGACCGUUGCUUAGUGAGUCCAGCAGCGAUAGCACACUCACGGACGACAUGAUGUUAGUAGAACGCACAAUUACGCGGAAUCGAAUUGAGGAACCGGCGCCAUUUGGCACGCAGCCGCCGGACUUCACGCACUACCCACAGUUCAUGACAGAGGAAAUGCACCGAGCCGAACCGCCUAAUUACGACAAUCUAGCUCGUCGCAAAACAUACUCGAAAGGCGCCUCUAAAAAUAGCUCAGGUGGGAACCAAAUACACAGCACGUACGACACACCCAAAUCCGCUUUGGGUCGCAUGUGGAAUGCCAAGCCUCCUACCGAGGCGCAGCUCGCAGCGAUUACAGCUGCUGAAAUGCGCAAAGUGAAACUGCAAAUGCCGGACGAUCGCGACUGCUUGACCGAAGACUUCUUCCAGCUAUUCAUGAGCGAGAAUGACGCCAAACAACUCUGUUCAUUCGUCGACCCAGCCAAAUUAGGCAAGGUUACUUCGAGCAUGUUUACGAAGGCCAUCGUUCAGACGUAUAAGAUUCGGAAGCAGAUUGUACAUUCAUUAGAGGCACAGGAGGAGAUUGAAUUAGUGUUCUCACGAGUGUGUGAGUACAUUAUGACUUUCGUAGGAGUACUGAUUUACUUAUUGGUAAUUGGUAUUGACCCGAAUACUAUUAUAGUAACUGGUGUAAGUAUCUUGACAGGUGCUGGUUUGGUGUUAUCCUUUGUUUAUACGGAUUUCAUUCAGUCGAUUAUACUGUUAGUAUUUCUGAAUCCAUAUCGUAUAGGAGAUCGUGUGCGAAUAGAUGGAGAGGCACAAUAUGUUAAGAGGAUAUCUACAUAUUUUACUGAGUUCGAAAGCUUACAUGGAAGACCACAAUAUAUAGCUCAUACACAAUUGAUUGGCAAGACCUUAAUUAACGAAAGUCGUUGUACACACGCGUCUUCAGAAAUGAAUUUCCUCUUUGGAGAAAGAACUACACCUUCACAAUAUGCCGCCUUGAAAAAAUUAUUAGAAGCCUACGUUAAAUCCAGACCACAAGAAUUCGUUCCAGACUCAUUAUUCGUUUAUAUCAUGGGAGCAGCACCUGGACACUACAUCGAAAUUUCUGUCUGGGUUACUCACACUGAAGGCUGGGGAAAUUGGAUGGUAGUCAGAUCCAGUGAAAGUAGCUUAACCCAUUACAUUAUGCGACAGGCUCAAUUACUCGGGAUGCAUUACAAACUACCGGUUCAACGAUGGGAGGUUAAUAGUGGACCGAAAACCACUACUUCACAGACACCCGUCUCACAAUCUCAUCUACCCAUCAGUCCGGAAUUAUAA